UCUUGCUCAACAUUCUUAGAAAUAAACUCCUUGAUGUUUAGGAAUAAAUUUUAACUUACCUAAUACCAGAUUUUAUUUUUUGUUCAGGGCUGUUUCCGAUGCCUGGAAGCUCUCUUUUUCGCCAUAAAGAUGGUGAUAAAUCUUUGCCUUCCACAAUUCAGACCAAGAAUUUACUGCAACAAGAUAUCAGCUGAUGGCUAUGAAGUGGAAAACCUCAUCUCUGAAGACCCUACGAAGAGAAGCCGUGGGUUCAGGACGGAGUACUUCAUCAAGCCGCCUGUCCAUGUCACCGUUUCCUUCCCCUUCAGCGUGGAGCUCUGUUGCAUCAGCAUGGACCUCACGGCUGGGGCCAUCCAGAACUUCACCGGCGUGGAAGUGCACACGUCGGCCGUGGCCGGGAGAGUGACAUGGAACCCCUCUGAGUGCCGGGCCCCAGAUCUGGCCGAGCCGACCAUCCCAGACAAGGAGGCCUUCACCUUGGUCGGCAAAGUCGUGUUGAAAAACCAGAACCAGGUGACGUUCAGCCACAGGGGCUUCAAGGCCAGGCCCCCUUUUGGCCUGGUGGGAGCCACAUUCCCCUCCCCUACUGCGGUGACCCAAGAGCUCUGGAGUAAAGGGCCACUUUCCCUGAGCCACGUUUCCCAUCUCAAGAUCUGUGUCACCCAUGUGACGGGUAGCGGCAUCCCCGGCAUCCGGCGGUUGGAAGUGUGGGGGCAGCCGGCCAGAACCUGCUCCCAGGAGGUGACAAACAGUGUCCUGCUGGCAGCUUCCGAGAGCCUCCCUCAAGAUACCCUGCUGCAGUCCCAGCCCUUGCCCAUGGAGAGCGACUGUGAUCCUGGAGGCCAGUCUGAGGACCAGCCCGCCCCCGGUGGCCUGCCGGACUUGGCUGGGGGCCUUGGGGAUGUGCCCGAGGAGUUCCUGGACCCUAUCACGCUGGAGAUCAUGCCCUGUCCCAUGCUGCUGCCCUCAGGCCAGGUCAUUGACCGGAGCACCUUGGAGAAGUGCAACCGUAGCGAAGCCACUUGGGGCCGCGCCCCCAGUGACCCCUUCACGGGAGUGGCCUUCACCCCGCACUCACAACCCCUGCCUCACCCAUCCCUCAAGGCACGCAUCGACCACUUCCUGCUCCAGCACUCUGUCCCUGGCUGCCACCUGCUUGGCCGGGCCCAGUCUGCACAGACGGUGGCGCCUUCCUCUAUCGUUCUGCCCUCCCGCAAGAGGAGGAUGGAACCCACCAGUGGCAAUCCGAUGGCAGAGGCCGCCUGCUUCUCUACCACGAGCCUGCUGAUCUCACCCACUACCUCAGAGCACACUGCUAAGAAAGCGAGAGGAGCGGCAGAGCUGGGGCUGGCACACAUGGACUGCUCCCCAGGUCCGAUGUCCCAUGAGCAGAAGCUGUCACACAGCUUGGAGAUGGCCUUGUCGUCCACCCUUGGCUCCCUGCCCUCCUUCACAUCUCGGCUAAGCAGGGGACAGCCCCAGCAAACAGAGCAGCCCGGUAGCAGCCUGGGCCCUGCGUGCGCCUCCUGCAAAAGCCUGUGUUCUCCGUACUUCCGAACGGACCCUGUGUACCAGCUGUCCUGUGGCCAUCUCCUGUGCCGGCCCUGCCUGGGGCAGAAGCAGUGCGCCUUGCCCAUGACGUGCCCAGCCUGCCAGUGCCCGGUCGCCAGCCAGGAUGUGCUGCGGGUCCACUUCUGAGUGAGCUGCUGCCACGCCCCAGGAAGACCCACUUCGGGGACAAGCUGAGGGGCUGCAGGGCAGAGUGGGGCUCACUGUUGCCCUGACAUCCUGCCGGGUCCCUGGCAGAGGGGCCUGAGUGGACUCCUGGGUGGCCCCCUCUUUUUCUCUCUCUGUCCUUCCCCCAUCUAGCAUCCAGGCCCUGGGGGAAGAGCUGAGGAGGGCUGCCCACCUCCUGCUCUUGUGGCACCUGGAUAACAAAGCCAUAGGUAGGGAUGUCGGGGUGGGCGACAUCUCUGCCCUCCUGUGCCCCCGCCAGUUCCCUGCCAGAGCCCAGGGCCUGCUAAGCGCCUGCACCCCUGCUGAGGGCCCCCAGCUGUCUUCAGACACACAUCCGUCCUGUGGGGUGGAUGAGUGGGGCACAGUAGACUGGUCCAGGGUCCCAAGAGUCGCCAAGUGUCACCCUUAAGUGGACAGUGCUGGGGGCACCGAGGGAACAGCUGCCCCCACCGGCAGCCUGCUCGGAGCCUUAAUAAAGUGCUGGUGGACAUCAACUGUGA